AUGGAGAGAUCUGAGCCUACAGUGACUUUAAAGCUGGUGAAUGUAUCUGGCUCCAUGGCACAACCCCACAACAAACCAAAACAGAGAGAAAAGUGGGCCAGUAAGAUGGAGUUUAUUUUCGCUGUUGCAGGACAUAUCAUAGGUCUGGGAAAUGUCUGGAGGUUUCCUUAUCUGUGUUACAAAAAUGGAGGGGGAGCUUUCUUUGUGCCAUACAUACUGUUCCUAUUUUCCUGUGGCAUACCUCUGUUCUUCUUGGAAACAUCAUUGGGCCAGUACACUAGCCAGGGUGGCAUCACAUGCUGGAAGAAAAUUUGCCCUCUUUUUGAAGGACUGGGCUAUGGUAGCCAUAUUGUGAUCCUGUACACUGGAACUUAUUACAUCAUUAUUAUGGCUUGGACAUUUCUCUACCUAUUCUUCUCAUUCAGCUCAGAGCUCCCAUGGGCUAACUGCAAUAAUAGUUGGAACUCAGAGUACUGCAUGGAAUUUAUCAAGAACAACAUGACUGAUAAUAUUCCAGACAAAAUUACAUCCCCAGUUAUGGAAUUCUGGGAGAAGAGGAUUCUGGGUUUGUCUGGUGGCAUAGAAGAAAUAGGUAAUGUGAGGUGGGACCUGGCUCUGUGUCUCCUUCUAGCCUGGAUCAUCUGCUACUUAUGUGUGUUUAAUGGUGUGAAGACUACAGGCAAGGUGGUCUAUUUCACUGCUACCUUUCCUUACUUGAUGUUGGUGGUGCUGCUGGUGCGUGGAUUGACACUGCCUGGAGCAAUUAGUGGCAUCACAUUUUAUCUCUACCCAGAUCCUACUCGCCUCGCAGACCCUCAGGUAUGGAUGGAUGCAGGUAGCCAGAUAUUUUACUCCUAUGGAGUUUGCACAGGGACUCUGACAGCUUUAGGAAGCUAUAAUAAAUAUGACAACAACUGUUACAGAGACACUCUGUACUUGUGUCUACUAAACAGCAUGACUAGCUUUGUGGCUGGAUUUGCCAUUUUUUCUGUGCUGGGCUUCAUGGCAGAUGAACAGGGAAUGGAUAUUUCAAUGGUGGCAGAGUCAGGUCCUGGGCUGGCAUUUAUUGCUUAUCCACGUGCAGUGUCCUUGAUGCCUAUCCCUCAGUUAUGGGCAGUUUUCUUCUUUAUUAUGAUCCUUUUCCUUGGACUAGACAGUGAGUUUGUAUAUUAUGAAGCUGUGGUGACAGCGAUCUCAGACAAGUACCCUUUGUUCUUCCGAAAUGGACACCGACGUAAAAUCCUACUUCUCUUAAUCUGUGUAGUCAGCUUUUUUGUUGGUCUGCUGCUGAUAACAGAGGGUGGACUGUAUGUCUUCCUGUUAUUUGAUUAUUAUGCUUGCAGUGGAAUUACUUUGAUGUCCUUCGCCAUUCUUCAGUCCAUCUGUGUUGGAUGGGUUUAUGGUGCAGACCGUCUGUAUGACAACAUUAAAGAUAUGAUUGGUUAUCGUCCCUGGCCCCAUAUGAAGUUCUGCUGGAAAUAUGUGACCCCUAUUAUUUGCAUAGGGACAUUGGUCUUCUCUUUGGUUAAGAGCAGUCCUCUGAAGUUGAGUAACUAUGAGUACCCCUGGUGGGGUUAUGCUCUCGGAGUCUUCUUCACACUCUCGUCCACAAUGAUGGUCCCUUUAUGGAUGGUCUUUGCAAUUUGCAAGACCCCUGGAUCAAUAAGUCAGAGAAUUAAAACCCUAUGUACUCCUGCUGAAGAGCUGUCUAAUCAAAAAUCACACGAAGAUGUCCUUGCUUCUUGUACUUUUGAGACCUUCACAGAUCUGCAGACUUUGCGUCAACACUCUCCAGUAGUUGUAUGA